AGUAAACUGCUGGGCUGGAUUGACAUUCGAUUGACAUGUUCAAACAAAUAACCAGCAACUGACAUCACCUAUCCUCCAUUCCACACCACUCUUCUACCCUCUAGUACGCUCCAUUCCAGUCCUUAGAGACGUCGAGCAUGUCAUCCCGAUCGAUCCUCCAACGAGCUCGAACAACGACCCGACACCUCGUAUCAUCCACCUCUUCCCGCAACAUCUCUUGCUCAUCGGUCCGUCUCGACGAUUCGCCAAUCCCCAGCCCAUUUCAACCUAAACCUCACCUCCGACCAGAAGCUCUUCAAGGCGUCUUGCGUUAUUCUACGUCGUCAUCCUCGUCGUCUUUACCGACAUCCUCCUCACACGCCUACUCUACCAAGUCCUCCCGACCCGCUGACCCACCUACUAAACCUAGCCCCGAGUCCCUCUUGGAUACAAGCCGAUCACACGAACACGACGAUAGCAAACGCAAAGAACAGAUCAAAUAUGAUCAGGACCACGAUGUGCGGUUGCACCACGAACACCUCGCUCCUGUCGCUCCCAAGCUACCGCCGAGACGUCGACCGAAUUAUCAAGCGGCCGGGUUCGGGUUGAGCGGGGAUUACGGGCGGAAAGCUCAGCCUGGGCCGAUAGCAGGAAGGCAGGGAGGGAAGAAAAGGACGACGGAUAGAAGUGAUAAGAAGGCGGUGGUAUCGACCGAGGACAAGGAAGAGCCGGCUAGUCCAGAUCUACCUGCCCAGCCGACGCCUCAUACGUCCGCUUUCACUCGGCAUGAUCCGAAUGUGCAAGUCUUGGGCACGGGGACGGGCGGGAAUGUGCAGAUGUCUUCCUCCGCAGGAGGAGUUGGAGGCGCGGGAGAGGUUCUAGGUGUACAAGGUAGUGAGGUGAGGAGGAUGGACGAAGGUGAAAAGGACGCGGUGGAUGGGAACGAGGCUGAAGCGUGUUACGUCCCUCCACCAUCGACUCUGGCAUACCAUCAUCCAUCCCCUCUCCCGCUCAUCUAUUCUCCUCACCCCUUGCCAAACUAUACCAUCGCCUACGAAACGUGGGGCAACCUCAACGCCGAUCGAUCCAAUGCCAUCCUCCUUCAUACAGGUCUCUCGGCGUCCUCUCAUGUCGCUUCGGGCGGGAACGGGGUGAGCGAGGACGUCGCUUCGAGAAAGGGUUGGUGGGAGGAUUUCGUUGGCAGUGGCAAGGCGAUCGAUACGGAUAGGUUUUUCGUCAUAUGCACGAAUACAAUUGGAGGUUGUUUCGGCUCGACGGGUCCGUCCUCUCAAUGGCCCCACGGCGAAGAAGGCGAACGCUGGGCUACCCGCUUCCCCACCCUCUCAUUGUUCGACAUGGUCCGUGCGCAACUUUCCUUAUUGGACGGACUAGGGAUCGACAAGCUGUACGCCAGUAUAGGUAGCUCGAUGGGAGGGAUGCAGAGUCUGGCUUUGGCUUAUCUGGAGCCGGAGCGGGUGGGCAGGGUGGCGAGUAUCAGCGCUACGGGGAGGAGCGGGUUGGGUGGAGUCGGGAUGAGGUUUGCCCAGAGGAGCGUAUUGAUGUCGGAUCCCAACUGGAAUCGAGGAUUCUAUUACGACGGUGUACCCCCUCACGCAGGGAUGAAGCUCGCUCGACAGAUCGCUACGAUUACGUACCGAUCAGGCCCAGAGUGGGAACAACGUUUCGGAAGGAAGAUGCUUAGCGAGACGGUAGACGAGCGGGGUGAAAAAGUCGUUGGUGUACCCAGCCUGAGUCCGGAUUUCCUGAUCGAGACUUAUCUCGACCACCAGGGCGAACGGUUCUGUCUGACGUACGACGCCAACUCGAUGAUCUACCUGUCCAAGGCGAUGGACCUCUUUGACAUGACCGACGACAUGCUCGCCGCCCUCUCGGACAAGUUCAAGUCGGCCUACCCUGACGACCCAAACCCCUUCCCCCACCCUACCGACAACGUCAGCCCGGAACUCGGAGAAAACAUUUCGUCUUCGAGCGUCAUCGGACCCAUCUCCAGCCAGACGGAAAAGCACAAGAAAAAGUACGCGGCGCCGUUCAUCCCGACUUCGAAAUCUCCGCAUUUGGCCUCGCUCGCCAAGGGGUUAGCUCGACUCCAAAACAUUCCCGCCCUCAUUCUUGGUGUGCAGUCCGACGUGCUCUUCCCGGUCGAGCAGCAGCGAGAAUUAGCAGAUGCGCUCAAGCUCGCCGGGAACGAAAAGGUCAGCUAUUACGAACUUGGAGGAGUGUGGGGGCAUGAUACCUUUUUGCUCGACGUUCAAGGGGUCGGAGGCGCCAUCAGAGGGUUCUUGCAUUGAUAGUAAAGGAGGCACAGUCAGGGAAAUACCGGUUGUAGUCAAGGACGAACAGGUUGUACCAUCAUGGGCAAAUGUACCGGGCAUCUGACAGGGAUUUGGUCUCGUUUUG